ACGCACGCACACUGGUACAUUUAAGCGGCGCAUGCGCGGUGGGCGGAAGCGCCGGCAGUCCUGACGGGAAGGUCUUUUUGUUUGGGUCGUGGAAAGAGUCGAUACUCCGUCUGAUUUCCCUGGUCACCAAUCGUUUUUUAUCUGCAUUAAUUUCGGGUGUCUUUUAUGAAUAAUCAAAAGCAGCAAAAGCCAACGCUAACCGGCCAGCGUUUCAAAACUAGGAAAAGAGAUGAAAAGGAGAGGUUUGACCCUACUCAGUUUCAAGAAAGUAUCGUACAAGGCUUGAAUCAAACUGGCACUGAUUUGGAAGCGGUCGCAAAGUUCCUUGAUGCCUCUGGCGCCAAGCUCGACUACCGCCGGUAUGCAGAGACACUCUUUGACAUCCUGGUGGCUGGCGGCAUGCUGGCCCCAGGCGGGACCCUGUCUGACGACAUGACCCGCACCGAGUUCUGCCUCUUCACGGCACAAGAAGACCUGGAGACAAUGCAAGCAUAUGCUCAGGUUUUUAACAAGCUGAUCAGGCGUUACAAGUACCUGGAGAAAGGUUUCGAAGAGGAGAUCAAGAAGUUGCUGCUGUUUCUAAAGGGGUUCACUGAGUCUGAGCGCAACAAACUGGCCAUGCUGACCGGCAUCCUGCUGGCCAACGGCAACAUAUCAGCCUCCAUCCUGAGCAGCCUCUUCAACGAGAACCUCGUCAAAGAGGGAGUCUCUGCAGCCUUCGCUGUCAAGCUGUUCAAGUCCUGGAUCAACGAGAAGGACAUCAACUCUGUUGCCGCCAGCCUCCGCAAAGUCGGCAUGGACAACAGGCUGAUGGAACUCUUUCCUGCCAACAAACGGAGCUGCGAGCAUUUUUCUAAGUACUUCACCGACGCGGGGCUGAAGGAGCUGUCCGACUUCGCCCGGAACCAGCAGUCCAUCGGGGCUCGCAAGGAGCUGCAGAAGGAGCUCCAGGAGCAGAUGUCCCGGGGCGACCCGCAGAAAGAGAUUAUCGCCUACACCAGGGAGGAGAUGAAGAAAGCCAACAUCUCUGAGCAGACCAUGAUCGGCAUCAUCUGGACCAGCGUGAUGAGCUCAGUGGAGUGGAACAAGAAGGAAGAGUUGGUGACCGAACAAGCCAUCAAACACUUGAAGCAAUACAGCCCUCUGCUGAACGCCUUCACCUCCCAGGGCCUGUCGGAGCUCAGCCUGCUGCUGAAGAUCCAGGAGUACUGCUACGACAACAUCCACUUCAUGAAGGCCUUCCAGAAGAUCGUCGUCCUCCUCUACAAAGCGGACGUCCUGAGCGAAGAGGCCAUUCUGAAGUGGUACACUGAGGCUCACCUCGCCAAGGGAAAGAGCGUCUUCCUCGAGCAGAUGAAGAAAUUCGUCGAGUGGCUGAAGAACGCCGAGGAAGAGUCAGAAUCGGACGAAGAGGAGGCGGACUGAACCCUCCACCGAUAGCCGAGCAUUUUUUUAACCAAGUAGCAGCAGGAGUAGUAGAAUGUCUCUCUCCCUCUCUCUCUCUUUCUCUCUCUAUCUCUUUCUCUCUCUCUUUCUCCGACCUCCUUUUCUCUUCUACCUCCUGUUACUCCUCCUCCACCUCCUUCACCCCCUCAAUUGUUUAGACGUCAUUUAAUUAAAAGUAAAAAAAAGAAAAAGGGCUUCAACGGACAAGUUGACUCCUUCUUCGUAUCAUCGGUGUCGCGCAGGUUUGUGAAUUGAACCUCAAUCAUGAAAAUUCACAGGUUGACGAUAAAGUUUAGGUGUUGGAAGCGGGAAGACGAGCGGCCCCGCCCCUUCAGCCCCGCCCCCUUUCUUCCUUUUUUUUCGAUCUUGUUUUCUUCGCGUGUUAUCAUGCCUUCUGUACUUUUGGAUACGAAACAUUCCACGUGAUCGCCACGGCGACGACGACGAGGACGACUGCUGCCGCCAGCUGUUGGAGUCGCGCCCGGUUUCAGUCAGUAUUGGACUUUGCCUUCUCGCCAUGUGACCACGAGGCGGCCGAAAACGUGAAUUAUCGCAAUUUUGCCAAAGGUUUCUUCUUUCUUUUCUCCCUCCCCCUCCUCUCUCUCUCCUGUUUCUUCUUUUAUUUUUCUCUCGGCCUUGCUCAUGUUUUGGCUGUAGGUCUGUAAACUCCGCCUUGUUUCUUUUUUUUCCUUCCACUUUUUUUGGUAAAGUCGUACCAUGAGACGAGGUGACUGGUCGAACCUCCUGAAGACACGCCCCCUCUGUAAGAUGCCUCGCCAGCUAAUUGAUUAUUAUUGGUUUCUACUUUCUUUAAUCUGAUAUACACCAAUUGACUUUUUUAUGAAAUAAAGAUUAUUGAAAUGA